CGGCCGCCCCGCCCCUGCCCAGGAGCGGUUCGGCUCGGAGGAGCCGGAAGUGCGCGCGCUGGGCGCUCCCCACCGCCCCCUCCUCGCCCGGCCCGGCGCUUGCUGCGGCCCCCAAAGAUGGCGACGAAGACGCAGGGCGGCAUCCGCCUGAGCGCGCUUUGUCCAAAGUUCUUGCAUACCAACUCCACCAGUCACACCUGGCCUUUCAGUGCAGUUGCAGAACUUAUAGAUAAUGCUUAUGAUCCAGAUGUGAGCGCUAAGCAGAUAUGGAUAGACAAAACAGUAAUAAAUGACAAUAUAUGCUUGACAUUCACUGAUAAUGGAAAUGGUAUGAACACAGAGAAGCUGCACAAAAUGCUAAGCUUUGGCUUCAGUGAGAAAUCUGUUAUGAAUGGCCGUGUUCCGGUGGGACUGUAUGGAAAUGGGUUUAAAUCGGGGUCCAUGCGCCUGGGAAAAGAUGCAAUAGUCUUCACCAAGAAUGGAGAAACCAUGAGUGUUGGCCUGUUAUCUCAGACUUUCCUUGAGGUCACGAAAGCAGAGCAUGUCAUGGUUCCUAUAGUGACAUUCAACAACCAACGACAGAUAAGUGAUCCAACAGAAUCCAAAAACAGCCUGAAGGCUAUCUUAACGCAUUCUUUAUUUCCUACUGAGGAAAAGUUACUGGCAGAGCUAGAUGCUAUCAUGGGGAAGAAAGGAACAAGAAUUAUAAUUUGUAAUCUUAGAAGAGAUAAAAAUGAAAAAACAGAGUUUGACUUCGACAAGGAUAAAUAUGACAUCAGGAUUCCAGAAGACUUAGAUGAAACAGGGAAAAGAGGAUAUAAAAAACAAGAGAGGCUAGACCAGAUUGUUCCAGAAAGCGACUACUCACUACGAGCUUACUGCAGCAUUUUGUAUCUGAAGCCAAGAAUGCAGAUCAUUCUGCGAGGACAAAAAGUAAAAACACAACUGGUUUCCAAAAGCCUUGCUUUCAUUGAACGUGAUAUAUAUAGGCCAAAAUUUUUGAAUGCUAAAACUGUAAGAAUUACUUUUGGAUUUAACUGCAGAAACAAAGAUCAUUAUGGAAUAAUGAUGUACCAUAAAAACAGACUCAUCAAAGCUUAUGAAAGAGUUGGCUGUCAGCUAAAGGCAAAUAAUAUGGGUGUUGGUGUAGUUGGAAUUAUUGAGUGCAACUUCCUAAAACCAACUAACAAACAAGAUUUUGAUUACAAUUUUGGUUUUAGACUCACAAUAGCGGCUCUAGGAGAAAAGCUUAAUGAUUACUGGAAUGAAAUGAAAGCAAAGAAAAAUGAAGAAUAUCCAUUAGCUUUGCCAGUUGAGGAGAUCCAAAAGCAGCCUGAUCAGACAUGGGUACAAUGUGAUGCAUGUCUGAAGUGGCGGAAGCUUCCAGAUGGAAUAGAGCACUUGCCAGAAAAGUGGUACUGCUCACUGAACCCUGAUCCACAAUUCCGGGAUUGUAAUGUGCCAGAAGAACCAGAAGAUGAUGACUUAAUACAUCCCACAUAUGAGAAAACUUAUAAGAAAAAAGACAGGGAAAAACUGAAGAAACGGCUGGACUACUGCCACCAGAUCAAUAAUGAAAUGUUUUUAAAAACACCUGUUUCCUCAAGUAAAGACUUUAAAACAUUCUCAGCUGUGAGUGGAAAGGAAGCUGUUCCAAGAGCACUUUUACCAGAAACAUCAAAUGCUUCUGUCAAAAGACCUCUGCUUGUUUCAAAUAGAUCAGUAUCUUCACCUCAUUCUGAUUCUGACACCAGUCUGAAACGGAAGACACCUGGCUGUGUUACACCUGUGUCUUUAAAAACACCUCGAUUAAAUGAAAGAACAUUCAACCAUGAUGAUGACGAUGAUGUCAUUAUUUUAGAGGAGAGCAGCACUCCAAAGCCUUCAGCAGAUUCUGAUGUUCCAGUGGUAAAAACUGAAUGUGUUAAUGUGGACCAGGAGGAGAAGCAGAUAGAAAACAGUGAUGUCAGAGAACCUUGCAGCGUGACUGCUUCAGAUUCAAAAAGCGAACAGUUGACCUCUGCAACACAGACGGAUGUCCCAAAUUUAGUGGUUAAAAAGGAAGAGAUGGAAGAUGAGACUGAAAUUCCAAUUCCCGGUGCGGAAGUGGAAAUUAAGCAGCACGAUGUGAAUAAUCGUUCUGAGACAUCUGCAGAUCUUGGAAAUGAACUGAGAAAUCUGCUGCAAUUAGUAAACAAAGAAAAAGAAAUGUACCAAAACAAAUGUGAGGUAUUAACUAAGCAAGUAGAAACACUGGAACAGAGGAUACUAGAAAUGAAUAAUAAGUAUGUGAAAAAAGAAAUGUGCCAUCAGUCAACUGAGACAAUUUCUUCAUUUGCAGAAGAAAACAUUCAUGAAAGAAGUUUGGCAGAAGUAAGCGUGCUAUAUGAACAGGCCUUAGAAGAAAUAGCAAAACUAAAAGAACAAUGCAGUACUCUGCAGAACUUAAAGACUGAAUGCAGCAAGUGUGCUGACGGGGAAAGUAAGAGUGAGGUCGACGAAAUUGCUGUGCAGCUGGAUGAUGUUUUCAGGCAACUGGACAAAUGCAGCAUUGAGAGAGACAGUUACAAAAGUGAGAUUGAAAUGCUGCAAGUGGAAAAAAAUAAAAUUGCCUGUCAAUGUGAAGAACUCAAAGGAGAAAUCGCACAGUUAAAAGCUUCAAUUCCGCAAGCGGUAGCACAAGCAAAUGAUUCUACAACCAGUAAUGUAGAAGAGACUGUAAAUUUUUCUGAUGGAGAAAGCCUGAAACUACGCUCCCUUCGAGUGAAUGUUGGACAACUUUUGGCUACGAUCAUGCCUGAUCUAGACUUGCAGCAAGUAAAUUACGAUAUUGAUGUGGUAGAUGAAAUUUUAGGACAAGUUGUAGAACAAAUGCAUGAAAUCAGUAGUACUUAAUAUCUUAAGAUUUUAGCAGUCUCUUAUUUGUUCUUCCAUUAUAACCUUUGUAUAGGCUCAAAAGUGUAAAUACUGCUUCUUCACUUUAUAUAUUUGACAUAGUUUGAUCGAUAAGUGUAUAUACUCUAUGCAUUUAGAUGUUCCCACGGAUACAGUGGGGGUUAUCUUAACUUCCUCGUAAAGGAACACUGUCAAUAUUGACCAACCCCAAUGUACUUAAUUAAGGAUUUUGCUUUUAAAAUGUAUUUGUAAUUAAAUUUGCAAAUAUUUUUGAUGAUUAGGAAUCUUAAAUACUUUUCUACAGAAGUUUGGUUGACCUUUUGGUCUAUAUAAGCGUUGAUACUUGCAAUUUUUCCUCUUCUGUGCAAAUCGUACAGGCAGUAGAAUAUAUUAAAAAUGCACAAAGAGCCUCUGCCUUGAUUUCCUUCUAAGAACAAAACCUCGGUGAUUAUUGUAAGCUACAGUAUUUUCAUUACUAUCAAAAAUGUUGUAUGUUGCAUUAAUGUUCUAGAAAUGUGUCUAAUAGAUAACAUUUUUGCCCAUAUUGG